AUGGGCCAGCGCCGCACAGGCACAAAAACGGCGCCGCGCACGGCACCGGAGGCGGACGCGCCCGCGCGUACUCCAGCGCCGCCGCGCGCAGACAAGCGAGCACGCACGGCUGAGCCAGCGCCCGUCGUCACGGAUGAGUUUACCGCCGAGUCGACCCGCGAGGUGCCUGUCGCCCCCGGCGACACGGCGCCAGAUGCCGCGGCGAGCGAGGCUAUCGUAAAGCUUUCGCACUCAGUGCGGCACCAGGUGGCGAUCCCGCCGGGCUACGACUAUGUGCCGCUGUCCAAGCAUGUGCCGAACGACCCACCAGCGCGGUCGUGGCCCUUUGAGCUCGAUCCGUUCCAGCGCACGUCCGUGUACUGUAUCGAGCGUGGCGAAAGUGUGCUCGUGAGUGCACACACGUCAGCCGGUAAGACGAUUGUGGCCGAGUACGCGAUUGCGCAGGCGCUGCGCGAUGGCCAGCGAGUCGUGUACACGUCGCCCAUCAAGGCCCUGUCUAACCAAAAGUACCGUGAGUUUGCCGCCGAGUUCAACGAUGUCGGCCUGAUGACGGGUGACGUGACGAUCAAUCCCAGUGCGUCGUGCCUGGUGAUGACGACCGAGAUUCUGCGCUCCAUGCUGUACCGCGGCUCGGAGAUUAUGCGCGAAGUCGCGUGGGUCGUCUUUGACGAGAUCCACUACAUGCGCGACAAGGAGCGCGGCGUCGUGUGGGAAGAGACGAUCAUUCUUCUGCCGCGCAAGGUGCACUAUGUGUUCCUCUCGGCCACGAUCCCGAAUGCGAUGCAGUUUGCCGAGUGGAUUUCGAAUAUCCACGCGCAGCCGUGCCACGUCGUGUACACCGAUUUCCGCCCGACGCCGCUGCAGCACUACCUGUUCCCCCAGGGCGGGCAGGGCAUCCACCUCGUUGUCGACGAGAAGGGCGUGUUCCGCGAAGACAACUUCCAAAAGGCCAUGGGUGCGCUCGCAAGCGCCUCAGGCGAGGACCCCAGCAGUGCGGACGCGGGCCGCGGGCGCAAGGGCGAGACGAAGAAGGGCGGCACGUCCGGCCCGUCGGACAUUUACAAGAUCGUCAAGAUGAUCAUGGUGAAGCGGUACAACCCCGUGAUUGUGUUUGCGUUCAGCAAGCGGCAGUGCGAGGCGCUUGCGCUGCAGAUGAGCAAGCUCGAGUUCAAUACGGACGAGGAGCGCGACAUGGUGCAGACCGUGUUCACCAAUGCCAUCGACGCGCUAAGCCCUGAGGACCGCGCGCUGCCGCAGAUUGAGCACAUCCUCCCACUGCUGCGCCGCGGCAUCGGCAUCCACCAUGGCGGACUGCUGCCGAUUCUCAAGGAGGUCAUUGAGAUUCUGUUCCAAAAGGGCCUGCUCAAAGUGCUCUUUGCGACAGAGACAUUUAGUAUUGGCCUCAACAUGCCCGCGCGCACCGUCGUGUUCACCGCCGUGCAAAAGUGGGACGGCAACGAGUUCCGCCACCUGACGUCGGGCGAGUUUAUCCAGAUGAGUGGGCGCGCUGGACGCCGUGGUCUUGACGAUCGCGGUAUCGUGAUCAUGAUGUUCGACCAGAAGCUGGACCCGGCCGCCGCCAAGACCAUGGUCAAGGGCGAGGCCGACUGGCUCCACAGCGCCUUCCACCUCGGCUACAAUAUGGUGCUCAACCUCAUGCGCGUGGAGGGCGUGUCGCCCGAGUCGAUGCUAACGAGCAGCUUCUUCCAAUUUCAGAACGCGGCGUCUGUGCCGGCGCUGGAGCAGAAGCUGGCCGAUACCGAGGCGGAGCGCGACGCGAUUGAGGUGCCGGACGAAGAGGCGAUCGGCACCUACUAUACCAUGAAGAAGACGCUACAGCAGCUCGACGAGGACCGCCGCGAGGUGCAGCGGCACCCCAGCUAUGCCCUCCCGUUCCUGCAGGCAGGUCGCCUCGUGCAGGUGUCGGCGCCCGAGCGCGACUUUGGCUGGGGCGUCGUCGUCUCGUACCAGAAGCGCGCUGUGGCGCGCGGCGCCGAUGCUGAGAUGCGCGCGCCGUCGCACGCCGAGUAUAUUGUGCAUGUGCUGCUGCGGUGCGCACCCGGCACGGUCGUCUCUAAGAAGCAGGAGUUCGCGCCGUCGUUCCUGGGCAUCGAACCGGGCCGCGAGGGUGGCGAGUGGAUCGUCGUGCCGGUGCUGCUGACGCAUGUGCAAGAGCUCAGCGGGAUCCGCUUGUUCCUGCCGAAGGAUCUGCGCCUCAAGGAGGCGCGCGCGCAGGUCGGGAAGAACAUGGCCGAGGUGCACCGCCGCUUCCCGCAGGGCCUCCCACUGCUCGACCCGGUGAAGGACAUGAAGAUCGACGACGUCAAGUUCCAGCAGCUGCUCGGCAAGCAAGAGAUCCUGCGCGAGCGCAUUGCGAAUGCGCCGAUCGCGCAGGACCGCGCGCGUUGUGACGAGCUGUAUGCGCUCUACGCCGCGAAGCAGGCCGCGCAGGACCAGGUGGCAGCCAUCCAGGCGCAAAUCACCGCGGCGCACAAUGUGCUGCAGCUCGACGAGCUCAAGUGCCGCAAGCGUGUGCUGCGCCGCCUCGGCUUUACGUCCGCGGACGACAUUGUCGAGAAGAAGGGGCGUGUCGCGUGCGAGAUCAGCACGGGCGACGAGCUUUUGCUCACGGAGCUCAUGUUCAACGGCACCUUUAACGAUCUUACGCCCGAGCAGUGUGCCGCGCUGCUCUCGUGCUUUGUCUUUGGCGAGAAGAGUGAACACCCGUCGCGCUUGCGCGAGGAAAUGACGGCGCCCCUACGUGUGCUGCAGGACACGGCGCGCCGUAUCGCGCAGGUAUCGGUGGAGAGCCAGCUGCCGGUGGUGGAGCAGGAGUAUGUGCAGAGCUUCAAAGUGGAGCUGAUCGAGGCGGUGCUGCAGUGGUGCCAAGGUGCGCGCUUUGCGGAUCUUUGCCAGCUGACAGACGUGUUUGAGGGCUCGAUCAUUCGUGCAUUCCGUCGGCUGCAAGAGCUGCUACGCCAGAUGGCCCAGGCCGCCAAAGCGAUCGGCAACGAGGAACUCGAGACCAAGUUUGAGCAGGCGCUCGUCAAGCUCGAGCGGCCCCAGUCGAUUAUCUUUAGCCCGUCGCUGUAUCUGUAG